AUGACGACCGACGACACGAUGGACUUUGAAAUGGACGUAGACAUGGACGCCGACGUGGAUCCCGAACUGGCAGCGAUGCAAAAGGCGGCCGCAGAGCUACAUGCGCGACCGUCAAUGGCAGCAGACGCCGACAAUGAGACCAUGAAUGGAGUCCAAGCGGAGACGGAGACGGAGGACGGCGAAGUGUCGCAAGCUGAGAUUGCGGCGACAAAGGUACACAUUGAAGGACUGGCGGAAAUGAACACGCAGGACGUGGAGAACUUUGCGCGCGACCACUUUCCCAGUGAUGCCUUCCGAAGAGUCGAGUGGGUUAACGACUAUAGCGCCAACUUGGUCUACGAUACACCAGAAGCCGCAGCUGACGCCCUUCGUACACUCGCUGCUGCGCAGGUAGAGGAUCCGCUCGAGCUGCGACCUGCGAAAGCAUCCAUCACGCACCCACAGGCUGACUUGAGCAUACGACAAGCAGUAGUGACGGACCAGAAGGUGAAGAACGCUGCUGUACAGAGCGCAUUCUACCUGAUGCAUCCUGAGUACGACCCGGAGAACCGACCCGGUAGAGGACGAGGAGGAAGAGGCAGAGGGGGGAGGCCACGGCGAGGCGGUGGCUAUGGCCGACAUGAGCGACCGCGUAGCACGCGAAGCCCGACGGUAGAGAAGCCAUUUGAUGUCAACUUGUACGAUGACGAUCCCGCUUCGGUGGCUGCAAGACAAGGUCCGAAUGAAAGAGUUCACAAAGUCAGCAAUACUUUGGAUGACAGAGCUUCGGACAGGUGGUCCACGCGAGGCGAGGAUCUCAUCAUCAAUCGAUCAGAUGGCAGGUUGAAGGACCGUUCUCGAAGUAGAUCGCCAGCACGAGAAGGAGAUGGACGAUUUGGAUUCAGCGAUGAUCAGCCUUACCGACAGACCGCCCGCCGACGAUCGCCACCUCCGCCACGACGUCGACUGAGCAAUGAGAAUCGUCUGGCUAGCGAGAAGAUGAAGUCAGAACUAUUCCCAGGUAAGAAGUCAUCGGCAAGUUUGGAACUGAAGGGUCACGAUAAAUCAUCGAGCGAUCUUUUCCCACACAAGUCAACAUCAGGCCGAAAUGCACGCGACAAUGAUCGAGCAAGCGAGAAACCAAGAGAUCUCUUCCAACGUAUCAAAGACAGCAAGCCUCGAGACUUGUUUGCACGCAACGAGACAUCUCUUCAAGCAGGCAGACUGAACGCAGAUCUCAAGGCGACUAGUAAUGGCUUCAGCAUUAAAGGCGCUGGGGCCAAGAAUGAGACAAUAUCUUUCCUCGGCGCGAGCAAAGAACGACAGGAUUUGUUCUCCAGCAGGAUCGCAGCAGGCGGGGGAGGAGGAGAUUUGUUCCCAGAGAAGGUCCGUCGUCGAAAGGGAGCGUCUGAUUUCAUCUAG